AGGAGGAGGAGGCGCCCUCCGGCUGCCAGUGCCAGUCUUCGGGUUGCCAAGAUCGGCGUCCGAUCUGCUUCCUGGGGUUUCCUUUCGCUUUCCCAAGAUCGCCUCCCUCGCUGCCUCCAGGGCUGCUUGUGCUGGGCGCGCGCUCUUGACGAUCCGGCCAAGGGAAGCUCUUAGGAACGCAACAGGACCAUCCAUGAUGCUGAAGUCCUUGAGAAGCAGAGGCGGUGGCAGCCUCUUUCGACUGCUGGGGGUCACGCCCGGGCUCCAAGUUGGCAGUUUGCCCCCCAACAGAUCCUGCUCUUCGAGAGAGUUCCCUCCUUCAGCCACCAAAGCUAUGGGGAUUAAGAAGAGGGGCUAUGACAUCACCAGGAAUCCCCACCUCAAUAAGGGCAUGGCCUUCACCCUUGAAGAGAGGCUCCAGUUGGGAAUACACGGUCUUCUUCCACCUUGCUUCCUGAGCCAAGAUGUUCAGAUUCUACGGGUCCUGAAAAGCUACGAGACCAAAUCCAAUGAUCUAGACAAAUACAUCAUCCUCAUGACUCUGCAGGAUAGAAACGAGAAACUGUUUUACCGGGUGCUCACAUCCGAUAUAGAAAGGUUUAUGCCAAUAGUGUACACUCCGACUGUUGGAUUGGCUUGCCAGUUGUAUGGCUUGGCCUUCAGGCGGCCACGUGGCCUAUUCAUUACCAUUCACGACAAAGGACACAUUGCCACAAUGCUAAAUUCCUGGCCUGAAGACAACAUAAAGGCUAUUGUGGUGACCGACGGAGAAAGAAUUUUAGGCUUGGGAGAUCUAGGAAGCUACGGGAUGGGCAUCCCAGUAGGAAAACUGGCACUCUACACCGCUUGUGGUGGCGUUCACCCGCAGCAGUGCCUCCCUGUUCUUCUGGAUGUUGGCACAGACAAUGAGGCGCUCCUGAAUGACCCGCUCUACAUUGGCCUCAAGCAUAAGCGAGUUCGUGGGAAACAGUACGAUGACUUGCUGGAUGAGUUCAUGCAAGCGGUUGCUAACAAGUACGGAAUGAACUGUCUCAUUCAGUUUGAAGACUUUGCCAAUGCCAACGCAUUCCGGCUUCUCAAAAAAUAUCGCAAUCGUUACUGCACUUUCAACGAUGACAUUCAAGGAACUGCCUCUGUUGCUAUAGCUGGAAUCUUUGCAGCCUUAAGAAUUACAAAGAACAAGCUUUCUGAUAAUAAAUUUGUCUUCCAAGGAGCUGGAGAGGCUGCUUUGGGUAUUGCUCACCUCAUAGUGAUGGCACUAGAGAAAGAAGGAAUUCCCAGAGAAGAAGCUGUUAAGAAAAUUUGGAUGGUGGACUCAAAAGGACUCAUUGUCAAGGGCAGGAGUCACCUGAACCACGAGAAGGAGAUGUUUGCUCAUGACCAUCCUACUGUGAAGACACUGAAGGAAGUGGUGCAGACAAUAAAACCAACAGCUAUUAUUGGGGUGGCUGCUGUGGCAGGUGCUUUCACUCACCAGAUUUUGAAGGACAUGGGGACCUUCAAUGAGAAGCCCAUCGUGUUUGCUCUCAGCAACCCAACGAGCAAAGCAGAAUGCACCGCCGAAGACUGUUACCGUUGGACAGACGGCCGUGCCAUAUUCGCCAGUGGGAGCCCGUUUCCAAAGGUAACCCUCUCCGAUGGACAGACGUUCUUCCCUGGCCAAGGGAACAACGCCUACGUUUUCCCCGGAGUUGCUCUAGGAAUCAUCGCUUGUGGAGUCCGUCACAUCACCGAGGAAAUCUUUCUCACCACAGCAGAGGCCAUUGCACAAGAGGUGACAGAGGAACACCUGGCUGAAGGAAGGCUCUAUCCACCUUUGAGCUCGAUUCGAGACGUGUCCUUCAAAAUUGCCAUUAAAGUGGUUGACUAUGCCUACAAACACAACUUGGCUUCCUGGUAUCCAGAACCAGAAGAUAAAGAAGCAUUUGUGAAAAAUCUCAUUUACAGCCCUGACUAUGAUUCCUUCAUUAUCGAUAAUUACCAGUGGCCGGAGGAAGCCAUGAAGACUCAAAAUAUUUGAUGUUUCUCUUUUUGUGAAGGCGGGCAAGAAGAAUCUUCAAGCAGCUUUGAACCUUAAGAUGCUACGGUGUCUUGAUCUUCAAACCUUGUAGGAUCUUCAGUUAUUUCUAUGAGCAGCUUCCUUUUUUUUAAAAAAAAAAAAUCUGAGCCGGAAAUCAUACAGAGUAAACAAGGACCAAUUAUGCCACCAACGCCCAAUGAACGGAUGUGAUUAGAUGAAAUUUAGAAGGUUCCGUACUCUUGAAUCUCCUUUCACAAGUCAAACUGACCUUCCCUAAUCUGGUCCUUUCCCAACGUAUUAGAACUUCCGCUCCUCAAAUUCCCUAUCGCCAAGGUUCCCUUCCAGGUUGAAGAAGGCUGGAUUAGGAAUUCCUGCAGAGUUCAUAGAAAAUGCUUUUGCUAGAUGACUUCAUAUCUAUUAAGCUGGUGUAAUUGCUAUGGCCUUUCUCAAGGUUACCAUUCAUGGGUUUAGGACAGGGGUCAGCAACCUGCAGCUCUUUCACCCCUCUGCUGUGGCUCCCGGUCACUCAAAAUAUAUGUCACAACCGCCAAUGUGCAACAUACACUGGCAACUCCCGGUAGGAUAAAUGAAAAGAAGAAAAAAGUUUCAAAGGAAAACAUAAGGUUUAAUUCAAGUACAUAUUGUUAGUUUUGUGGCCGCUCAGGAAAUAGUCAGGCACAAAGAAGGGUUUUGUGGCUCCCGGUGUUUUCUUUUCUGUGGGAAACGGGUCCAAAUGGCUCUUUGAGUGUUUAAGGUUAUAGACCCCUGGUUUAGGAGAAUGUAACUAUUUAGGGUUUAGGAGAAUGUAAUAACUGUGGAACAGCCAUUGGGUUCAGAAGUGACUUCUUGCCCAGAGUUCUGCAUGGCUUCUACCAGUCUUAGCAACUAUCCCCAGGGGCCUGAUCCUCAUUAGAGAUGUGGAUGGUGGUAUUUUAGCAGUUACGCAGAAUUCUCACUAACCCAAUUUACUGAAAAGUUUCCAGGUAACUGGUAUCGCUUUAUCCGGCUUAUAUCUUCUUACCAUGCAACAAUGAAAGUUCUACCAAACUCACUACUUUUUGGUUGGCAGCAUAGACUAAGUCAAGAAGCCCUCCAAGUGUAUGUUCACACAAUAACCAUGGUAUAUCCAUGGUUAAUUAAGUCCUGGUUUACUCAAGUAUCCCAAAUUUGUAGGUUGCAUGAUACACUGAAAGAUUAUAACGGCCUAGGGUGGAUUCAUGCAACAUAUACAAACAGAGUUGGCCAUUUCAUGCUCCAGUGUUGAAUACAGCUGGUCCUCAACUUACAACGGCAAUUGGGGCUGUCAUUUCUCUCACUAAAGCGGGGCCUCCUAGUUUUAGCAAAAGCAAUCCCUAGAGUCCUGGUUGCCUUUGUUAACCAAAAUCUCACAGCUGUUCGACAAGGCAACUUCCUGCCAGUUUCCCACAACCAAAGUCUAUAGGGAAGCUGGGAGGGAAUUGUAAGUCCUGGGCCAGCAGGCACCUAAGAAGCGUGUGCUGAGUAGAGGGAGGUAGAAGGGAUGUGGGAAGGAUGUGUGGGUCAGGGAAACUUAACCCAGCAAUUUGCAACCCUUCCCGUUGGCUUCCCCAUUGAUUUUCUGGGGAAGCCAGCAGGGAAGGUUCCAAAUGGCAAUCAUAUAAUUGUGCGCUCUGCAACAGGUUGUAAGUGCAAACUGGUUGCCGAGGGCCUAGAUCGUGAUCGUGUGAUGGUGGAAAUGCUGGAACAGCCAGAAUUCUAAGGACCCAUCGUAACCACCAUUCAUUCAGCACUGUUCAAACUUCAAACGGUUGCUGAAUGAAUGAACCUAGGUUGAGGACUAUCUGUAGCUAACACGAUUUUAAAAAGGGACUUAAAGGGGGCUUUGAUGGUGACUAUAGACUAGUGUUUCCCAACCUUGGCAACUUUCAGACGUGUGGACUUCCAAUUCCCAGAAUUCCCCAGCCAUUAAGGCUGGUUGGGGUAUUCUGGGAGUUGAAGUCCACACAUCUUAAAGUUGUCAAGAUUGGGAGACACUGCUAUAAAUUAUAGCCUUUUUUUCAGGCCUGUUCUGUAGAAAUAGCAAGUAUCUGAAGGGUUCUGGUUAGAGCUUAGAAUAGAGUUAAGCAUGGGAAUUUUAAGCUAAUCUUCAGACCUUCCCAUUAAGGCAGGGGUGAAAUCUAGCAGGUUCUGACAGGUUCUGGAGAACCGAUAGUGGAAAUUUUGAGUAGUUUGGAGAACCGGUAGUGGAAAUUUUGAGCAGUUUAGAGAACUGGUAGCGGAAAUUUUGAGUAGUUCAGAGAACAGGCAAAUACCACCUCUGGCUGGCCCCAGAGUGGGGAGGGAAUGCAGAUUUUGCAAUAUCCUUCCCCCGGGAGUGGGGUAAGAAUGGAGAUUUUGCAGUAUCCUUCCCCUGCCGUACCCAUCAAGCCACACCACGCCCACCAAGCCUCGCCCACAGAAGCGGUAGUAAAAAAAAAUUGGAUUCAUCCCUAAUCCAGUCUUAAACAAAUGGAUGUAACCUUUCUAAUAAAAGCUGGAUUGCAAUUUUAACCUUGAGCGUUGAGAAAAAAAAGAAAGGCUUUCUCCAAAUUUCAUUUGUAUUUUAUUUUGGUAGCAAAGGAACCCAUAGAGAACGUCCUGCAGAGCUCCCCUUAGCUGUGUCAAGCUUAAACCAUGAAAUAAUCACUACUAUGCCUUGGGGGGGGGGAAAUUACCAAAAAUUACUAAAAUGUUGUAAUCUCAGGGACUAUUUUUUAAUGGUAUUUAUUGUAUUUAAAAUUGUGAGCGGCACGGUGGCCUGGUGGUGAAGAUGCUCGCCUCCCACUUGCAAGGUUGAGAGUUCAAUCCUAGAGAGCGGCAAGUAAUUUUCUCUCUCUGGACGCAAAGAGAAAAAUAUCUGCUGUGAGCGCUGCAUAGGCAUCAGGAAGGGCAUCCGCCAGUAAAUGCCCAGGUACCCAGAUUCUACCCUGAAUUAAGGGACUAUAAGAUUGUAAAAAGGGAGUAUUGGAUUUAAAAUCAUAGAGUUCAGGGCUCUAAAUCCACCCCCUGACCAAUACAGGAAUUGUCGUGUCCCACUCCUCCUCUGACGGCCAGGUCGGGGAAGUCCAUAUCAAGCGUGGCCGCAAAGCCUCUGCAGCUUUGCCAAAGUUCUGUCAGAGUUCUCAGGGCAGGCAGGAGACCAGGAUGUGACUUCAGCAAUCCAAAUUAGACUUUGCCUGACUCAAAGAAUGCCAGAAAAAAGAUCCUUUAUAUAGGCCAUGGGGUGUGGCUCCAUGACUCAGCACUUAUCCAGGCCUGCCCUUCCCUUCCUUUUGCUGACGUUGCCUUUCCAUUCUCCGGAAGCGUGGAUCUAUCCACUGCAUCGUUUCGUCCCCAGCUGCCGGCAAUUCCAGCUCGUGGCUGGCUUCAGGCGCACAUGCUAUCGGGGGGAGGUUUGUUUGUUCGGUUUGUCCGGGCAUGGUGCCAGGGCUGGGGGCUGGAAGCAUGCCAGGACAUUCUUCUGCACUAUCAGUCUCUGGCUGAGAUAGCAGGAGAUGAGAGGGGCCCGGCUGCGGAGAGGGGGGCGAGCGAGGCACAACAGGAAUCCAGAUUAGAGCACCCCAGACAGAUAGGUAUCCAGCGUCUCCUUGUACUGUACACCCUUAACCCAAAGUGCCACCAUGUCUUCUCUGGUUGGCUGGACCUGUUGUGUCUCGUCCGAUCUCACCGCAGCCGGUGAGCCGCUGCAGACUGGAGUGACCCUCGCGUCAGAAGACUUGAUAGACGGAGGCAACAGAAGGAAGGGAGGGGCAGGCCUGGGUAAGUGCUGAGUCAUGGAGCCACACCC